AUGUCGAAGGUCAUUCAAAGCACCACACCCCUUCGAACUUUUCAAGGUCAUGAAAGACGCGUAAUUGCAGUCGCAGUUUUCCCCGAUGGACGAAGAAUGGUUACGGGCUCGAAGGAUGAGACACUUUGUCUGUGGGACUUGAAGACAGGUGUUGUGUUGAAGAAGAUGGAGGGGCAUCGCAGUGAGGUGUGUUCAUUGGCGGUAUCACGAGAUGGGCAAAUAAUAGCAAGCGGUGAUUACUCUGGAGAGGUCAUCACUUGGAACGGAGAAACAGGAGAAUUUCUCACCCAACUCAUCAAAGCCCACUCCCAAGAUGUCCGCUUGCUGGACUUUUCCGCGGAUGGUCUUUUUCAGACCGGUCAAACUAUCAAAAAUCACCUCAAGAAGCAUGGUCGUGCACGCAGGCAGCAUCUUGGCAGUGGUGAACCUCCGCAGGCUCAGCUGAUCAAUGGGACCGCUUCGGACGGAGAUAUCACAAGUCAGGACGAAUUUUUGCUGGAUGAUGACCCGAUUUAA